AUGGGGAAGGGCGAGGGUCCGGCCAUCGGGAUCGACCUCGGGACGACCUACUCCUGCGUCGGCGUGUGGCAGCACGACCGCGUCGAGAUCAUCGCCAACGACCAGGGCAACCGCACCACGCCCUCCUACGUCGCCUUCACCGACACCGAGCGCCUCAUCGGAGAUGCCGCCAAGAACCAGGUCGCCAUGAACCCAACAAACACCGUCUUCGAUGCCAAGCGGCUGAUCGGUCGGAGGGUCUCUGACCCGUCGGUGCAGAGCGACAUGAAGCUGUGGCCUUUCAAGGUGGUCGCCGGCCCGGCCGAGAAGCCCAUGAUCGUCGUCAAGCACAAGGGCGAGGAGAAGCAGUUCGCCGCGGAGGAGAUCUCCUCCAUGGUGCUCACCAAGAUGAGGGAGAUAGCCGAGGCCUUCCUGGGCAACACCAUCAAGAACGCCGUGGUCACCGUGCCGGCCUACUUCAACGACUCGCAGCGGCAGGCUACCAAGGACGCGGGCGCCAUCGCGGGCCUCAACGUGCUGCGCAUCAUCAACGAGCCCACCGCCGCUGCCAUCGCCUACGGCCUGGACAAGAAGGCCAGCAGCACGGGCGAGAAGAACGUGCUCAUCUUCGACCUGGGCGGCGGCACCUUCGACGUGUCGCUGCUGACCAUCGAGGAGGGCAUCUUCGAGGUCAAGGCCACCGCCGGUGACACCCACCUGGGCGGCGAGGACUUCGACAACCGCAUGGUGAACCACUUCGUCCAGGAGUUCAAGCGCAAGCACAAGAAGGACAUGACCGGCAACCCGCGCGCCCUGCGCCGGCUCCGAACGGCCUGCGAGCGCGCCAAGCGCACGCUGUCGUCGACGGCGCAGACCACCAUCGAGAUCGACUCGCUGUUCGAGGGCAUCGACUUCUACACCACCAUCACCCGGGCUCGCUUCGAGGAGCUCAACAUGGACCUCUUCCGCAAGUGCAUGGAGCCGGUGGAGAAGUGCCUCCGCGACGCCAAGAUGGACAAGAGCACCGUGCACGACGUGGUGCUGGUCGGCGGCUCCACCCGCAUCCCCAAGGUGCAGCAGCUGCUCCAGGACUUCUUCAACGGCAAGGAGCUGUGCAAGAGCAUCAACCCCGACGAGGCCGUCGCCUACGGCGCCGCCGUCCAGGCCGCCAUCCUGAGCGGCGAGGGCAACGAGAAGGUGCAGGACCUGCUGCUGCUGGACGUGACGCCGCUGUCCCUGGGCCUGGAGACGGCCGGCGGCGUCAUGACGACGCUCAUCCCGAGGAACACCACCAUCCCCACCAAGAAGGAGCAGGUCUUCUCCACCUACUCGGACAACCAGCCGGGCGUGCUGAUCCAGGUGUACGAGGGCGAGCGCGCGAGGACCAAGGACAACAACCUGCUGGGCAAGUUCGAGCUCUCCGGCAUCCCUCCGGCGCCCCGCGGCGUGCCCCAGAUCACCGUCUGCUUCGACAUCGACGCCAACGGCAUCCUCAACGUCUCGGCGGAGGACAAGACGACGGGCCAGAAGAACAAGAUCACCAUCAGCAACGACAAGGGGCGUCUGAGCAAGGAGGAGAUCGAGAAGAUGGUGCAGGAGGCGGAGAAGUACCGGGCGGAGGACGAGGAGCACAAGAAGAAGGUGGACGCCAAGAACGCGUUGGAGAACUACGCCUACAACAUGCGCAGCACCAUCAAGGACGAGAAGAUCGCCUCCAAGCUCGGGCCCGACGACAAGAAGACGGUGGAUGACGCCGUGGAGGAGGCCAUUCGCUGGCUGGACGGCAACCAGCUCGCCGAGGCAGAGGAGUUCGAGGACAAGAUGAAGGAGCUGGAGGGCAUCUGCAACCCCAUCAUCGCCAGGAUGUACCAGGCCGGCGGCGGGACGGACAUACCCGGCAUGACUCGCAUGGAGGAGGAGGAGGAUGUGCCCACCGGCGGCAGCGGCGCUGGCCCCAAGAUCGAGGAGGUGGACUAAGCUGUUCCAUGGUCUUUUCUCCUGUCUGCGCUACGUGAUGAUGUUUCUGUCUUUGGUGUCUGUCGUGUCGUCAGUUUCUGUCUGGAUCAGUUUCAGUGGUAGUAGUAGCUGAUGAACAAGUUAUGGAUGGGAAGGACAUGAAUGUUGGCUUAAUGGUUUGGAACUUGAAAGUUUGUUGAAUAUGGUGCUUCCCUAAA